AUGUCGAUGACAGAUUUACGUAUCGAAAAGCAGUACUCAUUAUGUGGACUGUCUCUGCGUUGUGCUACACAGAUCUGUACUGCAGCACAGGCGCUGAUAUGCCUCGUCUUGGGGAUCUCCUACCGUAUUCUGCUUGAUCAAUCGGUGAUAGUAUCGAUCCUCUUUGGAAUCCACAUGUUCUGCUUUGCACUUUCGUUAAUAUUUCUCGUGUUCUGCUUUCUGAAGCGGAAAUUUGGCACGUUUUACGAAGGUCUAUUGCACGCCUAUCUGUUGAGCAUCUUGUUGAUGGCUCUAACGUCGCUGUUUGCGGUUAUGUUCUUACCAUUGGCAUUUUUACAACAAUCCCAUUCACUCGGUGAAGGUAUCCACUAUCUGCUGCUGUUCAUCUCGGCCGCUGGAAUGCUGACACUACAGUUUGUGCAGAGGAAUCUCGUCGAACAAAUGUUACCACUGAUGGAAUCCUGUUUCGUAUAG